AUGAUGAAAACCCCUCCUAACCAAAGCUCAUUCGGCGAGUCGAUCCAAGAGGUGCAAGGCGAUGAACAAGCUGCCAGUGUUACUGGAGAACGAGAUCUCGUCGAGGAGGAGUGGGAAAAUAAAAUCAGACUAAAGGUUGAUUUGCGCCUGUGCAGUAUCGCUGGCAUUCUGUGCAGUCUAAAUUUGCUCGAUAGUGGGGUCAUCUCUUCCGCUUCAGUUACCUCGAUGCUCAGCGAUCUGGAACUCAACGUUGGCAAUAGAUAUUCAGUCUCCAUCUUCAUCUUCACCAUCGCCUCUAUUGCCUUCCAGUUACCGUCUACAAUCGCGGUUAGGAUCUUUGGACCGAGAAUCUGGUUUGCGUUCAUUACAUUCUGUUUCGGCAUUAUUACACUAAGUACUGCUUUUGUGCAGACAUGGCGGCAGAUGAUUGCUCUAAGAAUCCUACUCGGUAUUACUAUGUCGGGCGUGUACCCAGGGCUGACCUAUUUGGUUUCUACUUGGUACACGCGCAAAGAGCAACAGCUUCGCUUUGCACUCUUACAGAGCGGAGAGGUCAUUGUGCUGGCUACGGGAAGCAUUGUCAACUUUGGCCUCAACCAACUUGAUGGAAAAUACCUCAAAGGCUGGCAGUGGAUGUUCGUAGUCCAAGGGUCCAUUACAGCAUUUGUCGGCAUAGUCACAUACUGGUGGAUGGUAGACUUUCCAGAGAACAGCCACACAUCAUGGAACUUCCUCACACCCCACGAAAGCGCCCUCGCCUCUUCGCGCAUCGAGAAGGACCGCGGCGACGUACAGCCCGAUCCUUUCACCUGGACUAAAGUUUUCAUCCACGCCAAAGACACCAAAGUCUAUGGUUUCUGUGGUCUCUACUUCCUGCAGAACCUCGUCUCAACAUCCCUCUCCUACUUCCUGCCCAUAAUCCUUCGGUCCGGCAUGGGCUUCAGCUCCAACAAGAGUAUACUUCUCUCCGCACCACCAUACUACUACGCUGUUUUGCCCGCCAUCCUCUCCUCCCUCAUCGGCGACAAGUUCCAACUUCGGGGACCCAUCAUAGUGUUCAACAGCAUAUGUCUGAUUGUGGGCUUCUGCAUGCUUGGAUUUUGUGACCAAGUCACUGUGAGAUAUGUUGGCACAUAUCUGGCUACGGGAGCCUAUGUGGCAAACUGGGCGGCUAUGGCGACGUAUCAGGCGAAUAACAUUGUUGGGCAGUGGAAGAGAGUUUUCACAGCAGCGGCAAUCACCGCGUUCAAUGGAGCGGGAGGCAUUGCGGGGAGUUUUAUCGUGAGACAGCCAGAGUCUCCCAGAUAUAUGACGGCCAUCUGGGGCAUAUACCGCGCCAUCUACGACUAUGAGCCCCAGAGCAGCAAUGAGAUUGCCCUGAAUGAGGGUGACAUCUUGAUGGUGCUAGAGAAGUCAACGGACGACGACUGGUGGAAGGCGAAGAAGAAGGGCCAUGACGAGGACGAGGAGGAACCCGAAGGCCUAAUUCCUAAUAAUUACAUCCAAGAGGCCGGGCCCAUCUCGCAAGCCAAAGCCCUCUACGACUACGCCCGCCAGACCGACGAAGAGCUCUCCUUCAAGGAGGAUGCCAUUCUAGACGUCUAUGACACCACAGACCCAGACUGGACAUUGGUAGGGGUGGAGAGUGACUACGGCUUCGCUCCAGCAAACUACAUUGAGCUCAUCAAGGGUGGGCCAAGUGCAGCAGCCCCGGCAGCAGCAUCGCCCGCUCUACCUACCCGCCCGUCCAUGCCGCCAGCUCCCGAUUCUGAUGACGAACAGCAACCUCCAACCCCAGAAAGCCCUCCCCAUCAGAGCCCUGCUGCCGCGCUUGCUGGUAUCAUCCAGAAGAAAUCCGAGCAAACUGCUGCUCCGCGAUCCACUAUUUCCCCCCCGCCCAAUGUGAGCGCGCCUGCUCGACGACGCGUACAAUUCACACCCGACGAGUCUGAUGAGGAAACGCCAGCUCCUCGUCUCCCACAGCGACCACCGUCCGACUCCUUCUCACCUCCUCCUACUCAAUAUGCCCACGCGCGGUCCCCAUCACCACGGGUCAGAUCGCCUCCAGCUCCAAGUGUUGCAUUCGAUCACUAUGAUCACGAUAUACCUGAUACGCCUGUUUCGGGUGGAGGGUAUCAUUUAUACAACAUCUACGAGUACCUAACACAGCCUGGCAAGAAUAAGAAGAUGCCCAUGACUCUAGGCAUCAACAUCCCGAAAGGCAUGAUUAUGAUCGCACCGGAAAAGUCACGAGACGGGCCUCAGCAAGAAUGGAGUGCUGAUAAGAUGGAAUACUACUCACAGGAAGGCAAACAUAUCUUCAUGGAGCUAAAGCAGCCAAGCAAGAGCGUGGAUUUCCACUGCGGAGCGAAAGAUACCGCGACAGAGAUCAUGUCGGCCCUGGGUGAGCUUGCAGGAGCUGCCAAGGGAGUAGGGUUACGCGAGGUGCUUGCUGCUGGCUCUAGACACUCGAAUGUGCAGAAGAAGGGCGUCAUGCAGUUUGAUUUCAUGGCCCAGGGCGACGACGAGGUCACUGUUGGACUCGGUGAUGAAAUCUUGGUUCUCGACGAUUCAGCGAGUGACGAGUGGUGGAAAGUCAGGCGACUCAAAAAUGGCAAAGAGGGUGUCGUACCAGCUAACUACGUUGAGAUAACAGAAACCGUCCCCAUCUCUACUCCUGCGUCCACUGUCGCUCGAUCAGGGACGAAUGCCGGUCGGUCCAUAGUCGAUCAGAACAGAAGGGAAGAAGAAGAGCUUGCUCGUCAGGCCUCACGACGGAAGAGGCCGGAAAGUGAGGCGAGAAAUGAUCAGAGAUCUUCGAACAAGCGCGAAAGCUCCACCAAGGACUCGAGUUCAAAGUCCUCGUCCAAGCCGAAUUCUGCAAAAAUACGCACCUGGACCGAUCGGUCUGGUUCUUUCAAGGUGGAAGCAGAAUUCAUUCUCAUCAAAGAUGGCAAGAUCCACUUGCACAAAGUCAAUGGCGUCAAGAUUGCUGUACCUGUUCCCAAGAUGUCUGUCGAAGAUCUUGAAUAUGUGGAGCGUGUGACAGGCGAGUCCCUGGAUGACGACAAACCACUUUCCGAUCUGAAGAGAAGGAGCACUCAGCGCGCUAAAGAGGCGGGUCCCCGAUCGCCUUCGGGAAUCACUGUCGAAAAGAAGCCGGAUUACGACUGGUUCGACUUUUUCCUAAAGUGUGGUGUCAACCCUCAGAUCUGCGAGCGGUAUGCGCAGGCCUUCCACAAGGACCAAAUGGGCGAAGAGAAUAUGCAAGAUAUCACACCUGCGCUUCUACGUACGUUGGGUCUCAAAGAAGGAGAUAUCCUUCGGGUGAGGAAACAUUUGGACAGCAAGUAUGGGCGAAGUGCGGAUCGCGAAAAACGAAAUGUCAGCUUUGCUGAAGAGGGCGAAGAGGGAAGUUCUGGCGGUCUAUUUUCCGGACCUGGUGGCGCGUUGAGGAAUAACACUCGCAAGGGACGCCCGGCUCCUCCUGUUCAGACGAGCGAUGUCGUAGAUGCAAAGGCAUUCGAACAAAAGACUGACGAUACAGUCAAGAAGCCUGUAGACGCUACCCCGACCCCAUUGGCGUCCGCUCCGGUGCCAGGGAAGAAAGUGGAAGGGUUCGAAGACAACGCUUGGGAUGUGAAGCCGUCGAGGUCUGCCUCCGCGUCUGCACCGCCGCCAGCAUCGUCUCCGCCUCCAGCACAGGCAGUUGCCCCUACAGCUCCUGGUCCUGCAGCAAGACCUCCUGCGCUGACUGGCUCCAUGAGUGAAUUAUCCCUCUUGGACAUGCCUGCACUUAAGCCUGACGAAAUUGCUCAAGUAGCAGCCCCGGAGCCGGUACCGCAACCAGCUCAAGCUCCUGCCCAGCCUGCGCCUCCCCUGAUUCAGCAACCGACAGGUGCAACGCCCACCCUGUUCGAGCAGGUUGCUGCCAUCAAAGCUUUGACGCAGCCUCAGAACAUGGCUCCACCACGAAUGCGACCACAACCUCCUCAGCAACAGACUGCCGGUGGUCUUAUCGCUCCACCGCCACCGCGAGCCUCCUCAGCUCCUCAGAAUCCUCAACUGAGUGCCUUUGGUCCACCUCCGCCACUACAACCCCAACUGACCGGCUACAACCCGAACAUGGUAGCUCAAGUUGCUUCUCCGGGACAGAGUAUGCAGGACUUGCAGAACAUGCAAAACAUGCAGCGUAUGCAACAGCAAAUGACGGGCUUUCCCCAGCCAUCUGGCGGAUUCGGUUUCCAGAAUGGUAUUGUGCCUCAACCAACGGGCUACAACACAGUGUCACCUCCACCACAGCAGCCUAUGCAAACGGGAUUCGCGCCUUACCAACAACCACAGCCCACUGGCUUCCAGCAGCCCAUGCAGACAGGCUUUCAACCACAAGGGUUUCAGCAAGGCUUCCAACAAAACGGUAGUCCGUUCGCAGAUCCUCCGCGAGCACCGUUUCAGCCUUUGCAAGCUCAACCAACGGGCUAUAGCGCCUUCCAGCCAUCGCCGCUCAACCCGCAGGCGACAGGCGUCAACCGUUUCCUCCCUCCAGCUAUCCAGCCACAGCCGACUGGCUUCAUGUCAACGCAGAGUCCUCCACCCAUUCCGCCGAUGCCGCCGAUGCCAUCGAUGCCUCAAAUGCAGCCGUUGGUGCCACAGAAAACAGGUCCUGCACCCAAGAUUGCUUUUGGCGUACAAGCAGCGAAGAAGUUGACACCGCAGCCGACGGGGAGGGCAAACCUUGCCAAUGCUACCCCUCAGAACCCUUUCGGCUUCUAA